GUUUACUACCAAGUAAAUGAGAUUUUUUAAAGAUUUCCCUCAGACGAGAACAUUCGUUUUUGCAGGCACAAAACAAACGUUUUUGUGCCUGCAUUUCUUUAGUAUUUUUUGCACGACACAAGCGAGUUUGAGCGUCUUUUUUUCGCUUUGGGCCGCCUCCGAUGUUGGAUGGCGCAUCUCAACUGGCACACAUCCCUCAACGGUGCGGCCUACAAAAUUGAAAAUCAACUUUUCCAAAUAGCAUUUUCCUCAUAACCCCACUGCUGAAACAUUUAGCUACCAUUCAGUUCUCUGGAUGUUUAGCGCUUUGUGCUCUAACUAGAAUGUUUUUCCAAUUGGUUUUCUUCCUGCUGUACAUUUCCACGAUGAUCGACACUCAAAGCAUCAUCGAAGCCGCUUCCUUCGAGGAAGAAGUGGAGAAUUCCACCCUAAAGUGCCAUAAGCGGCUUUACAACUACAGUGUGUCCCAGAUGGACAAAAACGGAAAAAAAUGCUGGGAUAUCUUAAGCGUGAUGGCCUGCUGGGGCCGAUGCGAUUCAAACGAGAUCGUCGACUUCAGAUUUCCGUACAAGAAGUCGGUUCAUCCAGUUUGCGUGCAUUACGGCCGCAACAAGGCGUUUGUGAUUUUGAGGAACUGCGAAGAAGGAGCCCUGCCAUCAGCUGCCAGAUAUGAGUAUUACGAAGCAGCCGACUGUAAGUGCCAACAAUGCUCCUCAUUGGACACCAGCUGUGAGGGUUUGAGGUACCGAUCGCAACGGUCGGAGCCGGAUCGAGGUUUCAAGAGGAUCAUCCGAGGCCGGGAAGUGGAUAUUUACUAAAACAAACUAUUUAUUCUGUACUAAACUGGAUGCUAAAUUUUAAUAAAUAGGCAAUGAGAUUUGUGACUA